CAUGCCUGGUAGCAGACAUGGUGUGUAGGUGGCUGCUGUCCAUCAGCCAAUCUCUGAUAAGACAGGGACAGCUAAGGUGUUUGGUGUUUUAUCAAACUGCCGUCCCCCAACAUUAUUUAUAUUCACAGUGACUCUCACUGUCAGAAUACAAACAAUGGAAUCAGAAAAAUGGAGGAGUUUUGAUUUGAAAGAACUUGAAAGACAAUAUUCUCCCAGUCAAUGGAACCACCGAAUGACAGCAUCCGAGGUGUUGACCUCACAUGUAGAAUUCAUUAAAGAACAAAGUGCUGAGGCAAAAUCUUGUAUUGAUUGCGAGUUGGGAAUAAAGAUUGGUGAUGCCGAGAGACACAAGCUGGACAUAUUCGGCCAGAAGACUGCCGCCAAGGUGGCCCCUAUCUUAGUCUAUAUCCAUGGCGGUUACUGGCAACUUUUAGGACGUGAAUUAUCAUCAUAUAUGGUUAAGCCUAUCGUGAAAAUGGGUGGAAUCGUAUGUCCAAUCGGUUACAGCAUUGCACCUCAUGGAACCAUGGAGCAAAUUGUUGAAGAGGUGAAGAAGAGCGUCGCUUAUGUCUUGAAAUUGGCCAAGGAUCGUGGAUCAAGAGGUGUGUAUGUGUGUGGACAUUCUGCAGGAGGUCACUUGGCAGCCAUGAUGCUCACUGUCGACUGGCAAGCAGAAGGUGUUGAUUCUUCUUUAUUCAAGGGUGUCUUCCCAGUGAGCGGUGUCUAUGACCUUCGACCUCUUGUGCAAACAAGCGUCAACAAACCUCUUAAAAUGACUGAAGAGUCUGCCCAGCAAAUCAGUCCUGCAUUUUUGACAAAGAACAUAAUCAAGUUCAACAGAAACCGUGUCAUUAAAAUGUUUAUUGCAGAAUAUGAUUCUGAAGAAUUCCAUCGUCAAGGUGAAGAAUUCUACAAUUCUUUGAAGUCUGCUGGUCUCACCAUUUCCAACCGAGUCAUUCCAGACACUGACCAUUUUGAUGUCAUAGAAAAACUUGCUGAAGAUGAUUAUUUCAUUACCAAAGAAAUUAUCAAAACUAUGGGCUUGACUGCUGAUUGAACCAACCUUUGCAGACUUCAGAAACACAUUGUAGACAUCUAUAGAAAGGGUAAAGUGGUUAGUCUAUACAGAGCUUUUAGUACCAAAGGCCACACACUCACAAAUUGAUAUCUGAAGGUAAAAGACUCGUUUAUGAAAAUAUAGAAAUAGAUUAAAUAAAUAAUAAUUGGUUGUCAUUAGUAUUGACAA